AUGGCCGCCAUCCACGACCACAACACCGACGCCGUCAGCGCCUCAUCGGUGGCCAUCCACCGCGUCCGCUUCGUCAACUGGUCGCCCUCCACCGUCACCGCUCUCGCCGUCUCUCCCGCCUUCAGCGGCGCAGCACGAGGCCUCCUCGCCAUCGGCCGUCACAAUGGCAACAUCGAACUCUGCACAUGGGUAGGACCGCGUGCAGCUCAAAAGUCCGAGUUCGACGACCGCUCCUUCCAGUCCGACGCCGCCGGCUGGGCCGUCCACACCGUCCUGCCCGGCCAGGUCAACUCCAAGAUCGAGCACCUCUGCUUCGCCAACCCACCCACUCAGGACUCUACACAGCCGCGCAAGCUUCGUCUAUUCAGCAUCUCCGGAGGAUCCAUCGUCACCGAGCACUUUAUCCCUCUGCAUCUCGCCAAACUCGGUGCGCGCAGAGCUGCCGGCUCCGACGACGAAACCAACAAAACCUCGCGUCCCGGAACCGUCUCUUUGCUCUUCGGAAAGCGAGCAGCCGAUGACCUCGACCCGCACUACCCGGGAGAGACGCGCACCCUACCCUCCCUCGCAGGCGCCGUAUGGAGCAUGGCUCCCUCCGCCACCGGCCGCUUCCUCGCUCUCGGCUGCGAAGACGGUUCGGUAAAGAUCAUUGACCUCGAAAACGACCGAUUCGAGCAUCUCGCUGCCACCUCGGGUCGCGACCGCCAAAUUGCCCCACGCUUCGGUAAAGCAAAGGGCAAGGUCAUCAGCCUCUGCUGGGGUCCUCCCGUCCGCUCUUCCCCCAAGCGCACCACCACCGCUGCCCGCAAGCAACAGAGCACCGCAAACGACAGCGACGACAGCGACAGUGACAGCAGCGACGAAGGUGACGAUGAUGACGGCGACGAUGAAGAAGAGGAUGACCAGUGGCACGAGUCCUUCCUCGUCGGUGGCCUCGCCCUCUCCAGCGCCAUGGUCUGGGACGCAUCGACGGGCAACAUCGUCACCAAACUCGGCGUGCACAAGAGCCGCACCGAGUCCACCAUCGUGUGGAGCGUCGCCACGCUGCCCGACGGCACCAUCGUCACCGGCGACUCCACCGGCCGCGUCACCUUCUUCGACGCACGCACCCGCAUCCCGCUCACCGACGGCACCUUCCGCGCACACGCCGCAUCCUCCGACGUGCUUGCCCUCUGCGUCGGCCCGGACGGCAGGACCGUCUACAGCGCCGGCGUGGACCAGAAGGUCGCCGAAUACACCAGGAUCGACGCGGACAACGCACGCGGACGCUGGAUCCACAUCGCCUCGAGGCGGCUGCAUGCACACGACAUCCGCGCGCUCGCGCUCGACCCGCCCUACUCGCCGCUCGAUGCGGCGCAGUCAAGCCGCAGCGUCGGCGUCGACAGCCAGCAGCAGCCCGCGCGUCUGCCUGUGCUGCUCAGUGGCGGCGUCGACUUCAACCUGGUGCUCACGCCCGCCGCGCCGCCCUCGGCCGUGGUCAAGGCGCAGAAGGCGGCGACCAUCGCACAGAUCCCCUCGGCGAGCGCAAAGGCCACCAAGGCGACGCUCAGCAAGGUCGAGCAGGAGCAUGCGGCCAUCAACCCGAUCUCGUCCAACCCGCUCACCACGUUUGCCGACACCACGCAGCGACGCGUGCCGUUUGUGCCCACCGCGGCGCGCGCCGGCCUGCUCGGCGGCGGCUCGGUCGCGGCGCUGUGCGCCAGCAAGCGCUGGAUCGUGCUGCGUCGCGAGCAGAGUAUCGGCAUCUGGGAACUCGGCAGCCACGACGAGCUAGUCGGCGUGGCGCGCGCAGCCGACGCCGGCGAGCCCUCGGCGCCGCCCGCGUGGGCCAAGCUGCUCGAGAUGGAGCUCAAGGUGGAUUCGAACCUGGUGUGCGUCGCCGUGAGCGCCGAUGGCCGCUUCCUCGCCGUGUCGGAUCUGUACGAGACCAAGCUGUUUGAGCUCAAGGAGAGGCGCACGCCCGGCGCGCCCGUCGAGCUCGAGCCGCGCAAGGUCAAGAGCUUCGGGCGCGCGUUUGGCGGCGUCGAGCGCGUGGCACCGAGCGCGAGCGCACUGCGCUUCUCGCCAGACUCGACGCGCCUCGUGCUGUGCUCGCUCACGGGUGCGUAUGUGCACGUGCUCGAGCUGGCGUCGGCGCCCAACGGCGAGAGCUGCAAGCUGCUGCGCAGUUUCGGGCAGCACCGACGUGCGGCCGCGGCGCUGCACACCGCCGAGCAGCGGCAGCUCGCCGGUCGCAGCGGCGCUAACGGCGAGUCGUCCAACGGCCACGCCAAUGGCGCCAGCGAGGGUGGAGACAGGAGCGAGCGUGCGGAGCGCACGACGACGACGCUGAUCCAGCACGCCGAGAUCUCGUGCGACGGCGCGUGGCUGUCGACCAUCUCGUCGGACCUGCAGCACCACGUGUUUUCGCUCGACUCGCUCACGUACGGCCGCACGCUGCCGUCGCCCGCGGCGCUGCCGGCGGGCGCGGCCUUCCACCCCUCGACGGCGUCGCGGCUGAGCAGCGUGCUGACGCUCGUGUUUGCCGACAACAAGAUCGAGUUCUGGGACGUCGAGUCCGGCAAAGAGCUCACGUCGGCAGCUGGGUCCGACGACACGCCCAAGCAGGUUCGCAAGCGCGGUGGUGCAGGGUCCGCGGGCACCGACACGCGCUCGGCACUCGCGCACGAUCUCGGCCGCCUCAAGCACGCGCUGCAGCUGCGGCUGGCGGGCGUGCGCGACUUUGCGGUGAAUGCGCUCUGGUGUGCCGAACCGGGUGCGGACCUGGCGUCGUCCACGCUGGUGGUGUACGGCGCCACGUGGAUCGCCACUGCGCGUGCGUCUUUGGCGGGCUCGGCGGUGGAGGAGGCGGAUGGGGAUGUGGAGAUGGCGGAUGCGGAGCGCGUGCCGACGCCCGGAUCGAUCGAGUGGACGGUGCGCACGACAGCCAAGUACCAGCCGCUGCUGCUCGUCGCGCACGUCCACGCUGCGCCGCACGCGCUCGUCGUCGUCGAGAGGCCGUAUUUCGAGCUCGCCAAGAAGCUGCCUGCUGCGUUCCACCGCGGUGCGCGCUAUGGUGCAUAA